AUGCCACCACCACUGGACUGUACUGACUAUAUUUUCUCACUUGGUGAGGAGGUGGCUUUUGGCCCCUGCACCUCGCAGCUGCAGAGCAGCGUGCUGGUGCAGGUUCCCCCACAGAACCUGUCUUCCCCUGAGCCGUGCUGGAAGGACCUGGCAGACCAGCACCAGAAAGCACUGGGAGAUGCCCUGGAGGCAAACAGCCAGCUGCAGGAGACCCUCACACAGAGGCAGGAAGAGCUGGUGACACUGCGGGAGAGCAAUGUGCAGCUGAAGGAGCUGGCAAGUCAGGCCAGGCAGCUGGCUGCUGUCCUUGACACGCUGAUGCUCCCGCAAAGCGCCGACGGGACAGUCCUUCCUCCUCUUCCUCCUCUUCAUCCUUUACCUCCUCCGCCCGCCGCCGCCGCCGCCGCUGCCCCGGCCGGGACCGGCCCGGAGGAUGCGGAGGGCGUGGAUGCCAUGCUGCGGGCCGUGUCGGAGAAGUGCCGCGCCGCCCUGCGAAGCCUGGGGGGCAGCGCGGGGGACAGCGCGGGGGGCAGCCCCGGGGGCAGCCCGGGACACAGCCCGGGAGGCAGCCCCACAGCCAAGCGCCCACGGCCGGGCCCGCGCCUGCACGGCGCCUUCCGCGGGCUGCGCACCGGCCGCGCCGCGCCGCGCCCCGCCGGCGGGGAGCUGGAGGGGGGCGGCAGCCUGCGGGCCGCGCUCGGCGAGGCGGGCGCCAUCCGCACCCUGGCCUUCCCGCAGGGAAACGCCUUCACUCUCCGCACGGCCGCCGGCGGGCACCGCUUCCGAUGGGUGCCGCGCUGA